AGCUUCGAGCUCUAAAGUGUUUUCUGUGCUCCCGUCCUUGAUCCGUCUCUUCGUGCGUUUUACGACUGCAAAUCUUUUUUCAUGCCAAAUGAGGUAGUGAAAAACAUGACCUAGCUUUCGUUAUCAAUCGCUUAGCGAUAAGACGCUACCAAAUUCUGGAAACGGCCCAACAAAUGUUAAUCAUAGCUAGUGCUGUCAUCGCCCAAGCGCACCAAACAGUCCGAAUCGCGAGUGAUCAUUCCACCAGCAUGGACUCAAAUCGUCAACGCUUACUACUCUCGCUAUUGGUAGCCGCAGCUUCCAUUGGCGCCGUCUGGGCAGCGGGUGAUGAACCCCACCUGGAUCCGCUGGAGUUCUCCUACCUCACACUGUGGAAGUACACGCUGGCCGAGUGCGAAAAACACGGCGUCAACGGAUCGAUCAUCACCAAGUCCUGGAUCGGUGUGCGGCGAUGCCUCCGGACCAAGUUGGACGUGAUCGCGUUCAACAUGGACUCGAUGCGACUGGACGUCGACAAUCAGCAGGCCAUUUUGGAGAAGCACUGCCCGAAUCUGAUGCAAGCCAGUGGAUGCUUCGAUCCGUUCAUGAAGAAUGUUGAGACCUGCGUUCAGAACGACAACUUCGAGAUCUUCAAGGCUAUGCGGAACUGGAUCACGGACGUUUUGGAGCACAUCUGCGAGGAUAAUGGAGCACGAAUUAAAUAUGAUCGGGUGAAGCACGAGAAAUGUACGGCCGAAUUGGGUCAAUACGUGUUUGAAUGCGCCGCUCAGAACAUUAUCGAUAAGCAGUACAGCAAUCGGAAGUCGCUUUCCGGAGAAGACUGCAGCACGAUCGAUCGGGCCAAGGAUUGUCUAGUGGUCAAACUGAAGGAAUGUUCGGUAUUUGCGGCAGCUGCCCAGCUCUUCUACGAUAACUUCAUCCGGAUAACCUCCUGCGCUGCCGCCACCGCCAUCGAUGAUGGCAACUGAAUCCAAAUAAACCUCUAAGAGUUUGUUUGCAAUCACGCUGUCUGUCGAACCACGCAGUUCAUUCAGGACUGAAUUGAUAGAGUAAAAGAGAAACAUUCCACGCAUAGCAUUCGGCACUCGAUAAUUCCGACGAAUGAUAUAAACAAUACAACGCAAGCUCAGUUCGGCUGGACAUGGAUGUGAAGUGAAGUACAUGAAAAGAGUCCAUUUCCCUGUUUUGGCCCGGGCACAGUACUCCUCUAAAGAUGCUCAACUCGUUUCAAUCUACGACACAUUGUUUAUUUACUGUUUUGUAGAGUUUUGUUUACAUUUCCAGCGAACACGGGUAGAGAGAUUGAAGGUGUUAUUUGGCAUAAAUAGUGCAAUAUAUUUCCAACAAUGCGCUAAAUUUAGGACGCCAGCACGCCCCUCCCGUCAGCGAUCCUCCACUUCCACUAUUUGGUGGUUUAUAAUUAGAUUGUGAUCGGACGAAUAAUUGGAUUGAAAGUUCAUAGCGGCAAAAGGGUCUUCUAAUUGGAAUUUAGGGGGAGUAGGGACAUAAUGGACACACCUGGUUUUACUCUAAUUAUUGAAUUUCAAGCAAAACAUGAAAAGUAGAACUAUUUAACAACUAGUUAGUGCUCUGUUAAUCAACGUUACCAUUUAUAUUACCUAAAAUUAAUUCAAUUCGCUUAACUGACCGAUGUAAGCACAGACAAACAGACGUAACACUGACAAAAUUUCCACCGAGCAUGGUUUUAACGAUCAUUUAAAAUCUUCUAUGUUCUGACAUUCACAACCAGAGGCGCGCGCAUCGUUUUACUUUGCAUUUGAGACGUUUUCACACUAUUGCGCUUUCUGUUGGAGAUGUUGCACAAUGCAGUGUUUCAUGAAACAUGUUCACCAGGUGAUGAUUUUUUUUU